AUUGCUGCGUUCCAAGAAAAUCCGCAUAUUUCUGUGCAGUAUUAUUUUCCGUCGCUUGGUUGAAUUUGGCUAUCGCGUGAUGUUCUCUGAAAUAAUUCCUUAACCUUAAGUGCAUCUUUACUUCUGCACUUUUGAAUUAAUCAUGCCAUUUCCCAUUCUGCAUGGAUAAUAGCGUUACGUUACGCAAAAAUAUCAUGCGGGAAAUUUACUGUCGAGAAUCAUAUAUCUUGUCAGCUGGCUGGUUUGGAUUAUAACGUUUUUAUGUAAUGUACGGUAUAAUUCAUGUUCUUGAAAUAAUUUUUAAUGCACUUAAAAAUUAUUGUUACCGGUUGUGUGAGUGAAUGAUGCAAUAAACAACAGUGAGUGGUUGAAGAAAAAUUCGGUUAUAUAUUUCCCGCCUCCGGAAAUGGGCAACCAUGAGUCCACCACAUCGCCCCAUACACCCCCGCAGGCGGACACCUUCGGACGCUUCCAGACUAGCUUCGACUACACCGGCACGCCGAAACUGUCCAACAUCCUCGAGGAGUACGCCAACCGGCGCGGCGGCAACGCCAGCAAAGCUUUCCGCAUCGCCAUCCUAGGCCCCGCCCACGUGGGGAAAUCCUCCUUUGCCGGAGUCCUCCGCAAGGUCACCACCGACCGCCAGUACUCAUGCCCGGUGGAGUUCCACGAAAUCCAGCAUGACCUAACGGACGAGAGCAGUCUGGUGGAUGAUCUAACCGCCAACUGUCAUUUAAUCAUUGCGCUUACAGACCGCACCGAGAUGGCGGUGAAAUGGAUGAACUGGGAAUUAAAGCACUAUCGCGCCUCGAUUGAGAAUGUGUCAAAGACGUUGUCGCGCGCCGGUACCGGGUAUAAACUCCCGCAGGAUCCGAUGGCCGCGUGUAAAGAACUGGAGUUUAUUUCCAGGAAGUUCCCGAAAAACACGCCCCCGGAAUCGCCGUUGAAUCUGCGCUCGCCGGAUUUACUGUGUCGGCCGGCGGACUAUCAGCGCAGUUCGUCGAAUCGUUCGUUAUCCGUGACGACAAUUUUUGACGGGCAUUUAUUGUAUAUUUUAACGAAGACCGGGAAAAAAGACUACGAUAAAUUAAAAGAAAUGCAGACGAAGGAAAUCCGCAAAUUGAAAAGAAAUUCAUUACGGCAAGAUGACCCCGCUCAUAUCUGGAUGAACGACUCCCUGCCAGCGGAUUAUCUGGAUUUGUAUUAUAAGAAAGUUUUCAUGCUGGACAACACCGAUUUACGGGCGUUUGAUUUUCCCUUGUUAUUUUUAAAAUUACAUGAUAUUAUGACGGAGGUCAUGCUGAAGCCGGUUUCGAUUAAUUUCUUGAAGAACGCGAUGCUGGUGUUGAAGAAUAAAUCCGGGGAGACGCUGGGGCGCUAUCAGGAGCGUUUUCGGCAGGCGGUGUUGUUGCGUAGUGAGCCGUUGAGUACGGAGUUGGUGGCUAAAGAAUUGCGCCGGUUAAUUCAUGAACUCGGGCUGGAUGCGGAGAGUUUAGCGUGGUGUGAGAAGCUCGGUAUCUUAUCGGUGGAUAAGGUGGUGCGAGGGAUUAACAAAGCCACAAUGACGACCCUUAGACAGCUGGACGCCAGUCCGCAGCAGGUGCCGGAGAUAACGGCCAUGAAGGAGAUCUUUGCGGAAUUGUUAAAAUGUAUCGACAGUUAUUGUAGUCUGCAUCGGCGGGAUUUCGCUUGGGGAAGAGAUGCUUCCGACCGGCUGUUGGAGGAAUUCGGGAUUCUCGAUCUCCUGCCAAACUUCAUCUACGUUAUGGUGCAGAGCGAAAUGCUCGGCCGAGGCGGACAAGGCACGGUCCGCAAGUGCCGGGAUAUCAGCAACGAUCGUGACCUGGCCGUCAAAGAGUACGACAUCGACGGUACUAUACGCCUGCCGGCUAGCGGAAUACCGCUCCCGGAUAACGUUUUACCGGCAACGGCCGCUAAUAUCCGUACAUUAUCGGUGGUGAAAGAAUUCCAGCGGAUCUGCAGUCUGGAUCAUGAGAAUCUGGUGCGGUACUACGCGCUGGAUUUGCAAGGAACACGAGAGUGCAAAUUGUGGCUCUUCAUGGAAUUAUGCGAAGGUGGCACGCUGAGUAAAAAGGCCCAGGAAGGCCUUAACCAGCAUAGUAUCGUCGAUUACACCCGCCAAAUCACCAACGCUUUAAGCUACUUGCACAACAACCGAGUGAUGCAUUUGGAUCUCAAAGGCGAGAACGUUUUACUAACAAGCCGCGGUACACUAAAGCUUGUAGACUUUGGUAUGGCCAUCAAGCUGGAACAGGAGCAAACCCAGGUCGGCGAGGUCUCCUACCUUAAAGGCACCCUGCGCUACAUGGCGCCCGAAAUGAUCAGCGCCGAGCAGCGCACCGGACGGCGCUGUGAUAUUUGGAGUCUGGGCUGUCUGCUGUUGGAGAUGCUGACAGGGAGCUGGCCCAAGUUUUACAAGAACGGACGGGAACUGGAGGAGAUGCAGAUACUGUAUUUUGUGGGGCAUGGCGGGAAGCCGUUCGUCCCGGAGAAAUUUCUGGAUGAUGGCAAGCAGACGGAAGUGUUUAAAAGCUGUGCGCGGUAUUUGAUGCAUCAGUGCUUGCAAGUCAAUCCGGAGCAUCGACCGUCGGCUGAUCAGGUUUUACAGUGCGGAUUGUUGACGGCAAACAUGAUGGAGCCGGCUUCGUUCAUCGACGUCGCCGUUAUCGGUGCGAGAGGAAGCGGCAAGUCCUUCCUGAUAAACAAUUUACGCGGUUUGAAGCCGAAUGACGCCGGAUCGGCUCCGAUUGGCCAUUUUGGUAGCGACGACACCGAAUGCUACAAAUACGCGAUCCGCGGUUUAACAAUUCGCUUCUGGGAGAUUAAGCACGUUACAGCGGAGCAAACAGCGCCGUCAGCCCGCUCCGCUGCUUGCAUCAUAGUCAGUUCGACGCAUUUCUCCACAAAGCACUAUGCAGCCGCCAAAACCUUGGUGCGCGAUGCGAAGAGUAUUUAUUUUGUACGGACAAAAAUCGCCUACGAUAUCGAGAACCGCAUUCUGGAUGGAUGUAUCGAGACGCACGGGAAGAUUAUGAAGGACUUCAAGAAUGACCUAAAAAUCCGAUUUCCCAGGGAAUUACACGACGAACAGAUGUUCAUGGUGGAGAACCGAAAGGUCACAGAAUACGAGUUUCGUCUGUUGCGGAACGCAGUGUUGGAUGAUAUUAUUCAAAUACCCAGCAAACCGUCGAGUUCGCAGCCGAAACAAGCAGUUGCCGUAGCGAAAAAUGUCCUUGUUAUUGGAAAACGCGGUUCGGGGAAAUCCAGUCUGAUCCAUAAUUUAUCCAAAAUGGCGAAGGAGACAGGAGUGGAUUUCUCGUUUGUAGAAGAAACGCCAAGCGAUGUUAUUGUGAAGAAUACUGCCAAUACCGCUUUGAUAGUGUUAGCCGCACAACAGAUUUCUAAAGAAGAACUUGAUUGGUAUAUUGCGUUGCGGAAACAAUGUGACGCUGUUUAUUUCGUGAAGCCGUUUGCCACGGAGGAGAUUUUAAAGGCGAAAGCAGCGUCGGAUAAGUUAAAGAACUACAGUCGCACCGAGGUCUUCAACGCACAGCGGACGGGGUACAUUGGCGAAAUGGUUGCGCCACAUGGAAUGGAUGCCGGAAUAGUUUAUGUGAUUGAUAACUAUGAGCCAAACCUGUACGAUCUCAAAAUACUUCUUCUCGACAUUGUUGGCAAAGUAAAAGUGUCAAGAACGUAAUUUAUUUAAAUUGUUUUACCAUUCUGGAAGACGUGGUAUCCGGACUUUCCUUGUAACUGAUUACUGUAUA